AAUGGGGCACAGCUGGAGAAGAGGGCACAGCUGGAGAAGGGAACACGGGCAGAAAAUGGGGCACAGCUGGAGAGCCGGGCGCAGCUGGAGAACGGGAUGCUGCACGCCCUGCACCUCUGCGAGUGCUUCCUCGACCCCUACCAGACCUGGCGGCGGCAGCUGAGCGGGGAAUCCAUCAGUGCCAAGGAGAAGAGCAAAUACAAGUUCGCCCCCGCCCCGCUGCCCCCUGAGUUCGGUGCCUUUUUCCAAGAGAGUUUCCAAGGCGGGAAGCAGCUCCCAGAAACAAUCCAGCUCCGGAUUAUCCAUCUCUUUGGAGCCAUCCUCUCCGGAUCCAAGCCCAACGCGCUCCAGGCCAUCACGCCCGCGGCCCUGGUCAGUGCCAGCAGCUCCGAUGCCAUCGCUGUCCACGCCCUCAGGGUGCUCACGGCCAUCAUGAGCAACUCGCCCUCGGCCAAGGAGGUGUUCAAGGAGCGCAUUGGUUACACCCACCUCUACGAGGUGCUGAGGAGCCAGGGCCAGCCCACCCAGCGUCUGCUCCAGGAGCUCCUCAACAUGGCAGUGGAGGGCGACCACAGCUCCUUCCCAGUGCGUCCCAUCCGCAACGAGCAGCCCCUGCUGAUCCUGCUGGCGUGGCUGCCGGCGCUCAGGUCAAGGCUCUCUUCUGUGCAGGACCAAAUGUGACAUCCCCAUUCACACUGGAAGGGGACCUGGUGGAGCUCAGCAGUAAACUCUUGCUGUACUACACCCCCCAGGCCUGCAGGAACAACAUCUGCCUGGACCUCUCCCCCAGCCACGGCUUGGACGGGAGGCUGACGGGACACAAGGUGGUCAACUGGGACAUCAAGGACGUGGUCAACUGCGUGGGUGGGAUGGGGGUGCUCCUGCCCCUGCUCGAGCAGGUGGUGUCCAAGACAGAGGAGCCCGAGGACGAGCAGGAGACCAACGACCUGGUGGGGCCGGAGCUGACGUCCUCCAGGAACGCCCAGGGCAUGCUCAUCCCGCUGGGAAAGUCCUCAGAGAGCAGGCUGGAGAGGAACAGCGUGGCCGCCUUCCUGCUGCUGGUGAAGAACUUCCUGCGGAACCACGCCGUGAACCAGGAGAGCCUGGUGCAGUGCCACGGGCCGGCCAUCAUCGGAGCGCUGCUGCACAAGGUCCCUGGCACGCUGCUGGACAUGAGCACCCUGGUGGCCUCGCAGAUCCUCAUGGAGCAGGUGGCCUCCGAGGGCAGCGGGUUCCUGCUGCACCUCCUCUACCAGCACCUGCUCUUUGAUUUCCGCAUCUGGAGCAACAGCGACUUCGCCGUGCGCUUAGGUCACAUCCAGUACCUGGCCAGCGUGGUCAAGGACCACAAGCAGCGCAUCCGCAAGAAGUACGGGGUGCAGUUCAUCCUGGACUCCAUCCGGACCUACUACGGGGAGAAGACCGCAGCCACCGAUGACAUCAGGACGGUGCAGACGUCCCUUUUCAGCCUGGUGAAGGAUUUCUUCUGCAGGAGCUUCUCCGGGGAGGAGAUGCAGAGCCUGCUGAACUACCUGGCAGGGGCACAGGAUGAGCAGCAGGUGUGUGGGGCGCUGGAGGUGAUCCACAGCCUGCUGAAGGGCUCCCCAGCCCAGGAGCAGCUCUUCGCCUUCCUCUUCGAGCCGGGCCACGUGGAGCUGCUCUUCUCCCUGCUGGUGCAGAAGAGGUUCUCGGAUGAAGUGAGGGAAAGGGUCUUCAAGGUCCUCUACAAGAUGCUGAAGUACGAGAAGGUCCCCGAGCGCAGCAAGAGCCGCCUGAAGCUGAAGGACAUCGGGUACCACGGGCUCAUCUCCUACCUCAGCGACAUUCCCGGCUCCAUGCUGCUCUUCCGCUGCCUCUCGGAGCAGGUCCUGGGGGCAGACCCUCCCAACUACAAGGACCUGGUGGCCGUGGUGUACCUGUCCCACCGGGCAGAGCUGAGCAUCCGGCUCGACAUCUGCCGCAAGCUCUUCCACCUGAUCUAUGCGCAGCAGGACCUGGUGAAGCAGCUGGCCAGGCUGGCUGGCUGGCAGGACACGCUCACCAAGCUCUACGUGAAGGAGUCGUACGAGUGCCGCCAGCCCAGCCUGCUGCCCGGGCUCACCCACAACGCCCUGAAGCUGCUGCGGCUGCUCCAGGAUUUCCUCUUCUCCGAGGGACACAACAACCAGGCCCUGUGGAGCGAGAAGAUCUACGAGGGGGUCAGCAGCCUGCUGGACAAGCUGGGCGUGUGGCACCACCUGGCCAACGGCACCUCGGACCUGAAGGAGAUGGCGCAGACGGGGCUGCGGGUGCUCGUGGGGUACAUCCUGCUGCAGGACCCCCAGCUGCACUCCCUGGCCUACGUGAAGCUGCACAGCCUCCUGCAGACCACGUCGGCCCCGCGCAGGGACGAGGCCUGUUACCUGCUGGGCAAGCUGGAGACGCCCCUGCGGCGCUCCCUGCACUCCAGGUCAGAGGCCUUCUCCUGGCUGGUGCCCAUCAUCCGCACGCUGAUGGACCAGUGCUACGAGACCCUGCAGCUGCAGCAGUUCCUGCCCUCGCUGCCCCCCACCAACGGCAGCCCCACCUUCUACGAGGACUUCCAGCUCUUCUGCACCACCCCGGAGUGGAGGGGCUUCAUCGAGAAGCACGUGCAGCCCACCAUGGCCCAGUUUGAGAUGGACACGUUUGCCAGGAGCCACGACCUGAUGUCCAAUUUCUGGAACGCCUGUUACGAUGCCAUGAUGAGCAGCUCGCAGCGCCGGGAGCAGGAGAAGGCGGCCAGCCGCAAGGAACCCACCCGAGGUUCGCUGGAAGCUGUCGAGUGCCGAGACCUACUCCAGGAUGAGGCUGAAGCUGGUGCCCAACCUCAAUUUCGACCAACACUUGGAGGCCAGCGCCCUGCGGGAUAAUCUGGGAGCUGACCACCUCCAGAACCCCGCCGAGUCCUUCCCGCUCGCCAUGGCCAAGGAGGCCAAGGUGAGCGAGCUGGAGGAUGACCAGCUGGCCGAGGAGGACCUCCCUGUCCUGGACAACCAGGCCGAGCCCAAGGAGCAGAACCAGCGGGAGAAGCUGGUGGUGUCAGAGGACUGCGAGCUCAUCACGACGGUGGCCGUGGUCCCUGGGCGCCUGGAGGUGACAACCCAGCACGUUUAUUUCUACGACGGCAGCAGCGAGAAGGAGGAGACGGAGGGAGGGAUCGGCUACGACUUCAAGCGCCCCUUGUCCCACCUGCGCGAGGUCCACCUGCGCCGCUACAACCUGCGCCGCUCCGCCCUCGAGCUCUUCUUCAUCGACCAGGCCAACUACUUCCUCAACUUCAGAAAGAAGGUGAGGAACAAGGUGUAUUCCAGCAUCCUUGGCCUGCGGCCCCCCAACCAGACCUACUUCGGCAGCCGGUCCCCCCAGGAGCUGCUCAAAGCCUCGGGGCUCACACAGGCCCUCGACACCCGCUCCCCCAACGUCUUCGAGAACCUGGGCCAGCUCAAGUCCUUCUUUGUGGAGGGCAUCAGCGAUGGGGUGGCCCUGGUGCAGGCCGUGGUCCCCAAGAACCAGGCGCAUUCCUUCAUCACUCAGGGAUCCCCCGACAUCCUGGUCACCGUGAGUGCCAACGGCUUGUUGGGGACCCAUAACUGGCUGCCCUACGACAAGAACAUCUCCAACUACUUCAGCUUCACCAAAGACCCCACUGUCACCAACGCCAAGACCCAGCGGUUCCUGCAGGGCCCCUUCGCCCCCGGGGCCGACCUGAGCUCGCGCACGCUGGCCGUGUCCCCCGACGGGAAGCUGCUCUUCAGCGGGGGACACUGGGACAACAGCCUCCGUGUCACCUCGCUGGCCAAAGGCAAGGUCGUGGGGCACAUCACCCGGCACAUAGAUGUUGUCACCUGCCUGUCGCUCGACCUGUGUGGCAUCUACCUCAUUUCUGGCUCACGGGACACCACCUGCAUGGUGUGGCAGGUCCUACAGCAGGGUGGCUUUUCCAGCGGCUUGGCUCCCAAACCCGUCCAGGUGCUGUACGGCCACGACGCCGAGGUGACGUGUGUGGCCAUCAGCACCGAGCUGGACAUGGCCGUGUCCGGCUCCAAG